CUUUAAUCAAACCAGAAAAAAAGCGUAAAAGGGCUGAAGAGGCCACAAGAUGGGCAACAGCCUCCGUCUCUGCGUCGCCUGCCUUCUCCCCUGUGGCGCACUCGACGUCGUAAGGGUGGUCCACAUAACCGGCCACGUCGAUGAGCUCAGCCGGCCGGUAACCGCCGGUGAGAUUCUGGCGGCUAACCCCGGCCACUUCAUCAGCAAACUUUCUUCUCAGGGCGUCGCCUCUCAUCGGAUUCUCAUCGUUUCUCCUGAGACUGAGCUUAGGCGCGGCAACAUCUACUUCCUAAUUCCUGCAGCGGCGGCGGAAAAGAGGAAGAAACAGAGGAAUUUUGAAGAGAAGGUGGUAGCGCCGGACCAGAUGGAGGUGAAGAAGGCGGGCCACCGGCGGCGGCAGAGCAGGCGCGUGGCGGUGUGGCGGACGAAUCUGGAGAGUAUAUCGGAGGAUCUGUGAAAAAGCUUAAUCUGGGUUUUAAGAGGGGUAAAGGAAUGAUUUUUCUUAAAA